GGCCCCGCCCUCCUCGGCCCGUGAUUGGCUGGUCGCCUCGGUGUUGUCAAUGGGUGGCUCACAUUUACUACCCUGGCGAUGGAGGGAGCGUUAUUGAAAUGGACCAACUACCUCUCGGGUUGGCAGCCACGAUACUUUGUCCUGGACAGCGGCAUCCUGUCCUACUAUGACUCUCAGGACGACGUGGGCAAAGGCAGCAAGGGCAGCAUCAAGAUGGCCGUCUGUGAGAUCAAAGUGCACCCCACCGACCCCACGCGCAUGGAGCUGGUGAUUCCAGGGGAGCAGUAUUUCUACCUGAAGGCAGGGGGUGCUGCAGAGAGGCAGAAGUGGCUGGUGGCCCUGGGCAGCUCUAAAGCCUGUUUGGGCGAGAGCAGGAGCCAGAAGGACAAAGACAUGCACCUGAGCAGCGAGUCCCUGGGCCGGAAGCUGUCGGAGCUACGGCUGUACUGCGACGUGCUGACUCAGCAAGUCUUGGACGUCCAGGAGUCCACGCGGCCCCAGGACAACGGCUCCCCGCUUGAUAUUGAGAAGAUGAACGAAGCCUCCUCCCUGCUCAGAGCCACCUGCAGCCAGUUCAUCUCCACGCUGGAGGAGUGCAUGAAAUUCGCCAACGCCCGCCUGGCACCUGAGCUCUACCAGCCCUCGCCGGCCCCCCUGCCCCAGGACUUCGUGGGCACCAAGCUCCCGCACUCCCAUAGAGUGAGACGCUCCCUCAGCCAUACGGGCAUCGUGUCCCCCGACAGAGGGGCGGAGGCGCCCCGGCCCCCGGUUCCACCACAGAAGGGCGCCGUGACGGUGGUGCGCAACCUGGAGGAGAUGGUGAUGUUCCGCUCGCAGCACUGGAGCCAGCAGGGCCCCGUACCGGAUAGCCCUGUCGGCACCAUCGUGGAGGAGAGGGAAGAGGCACCGCUGCCCACACAAGGGUCCCCGGCGGAAUCGGCUGGCAGUGACAAGCGGAAGUGAGCGGCACCAGGAUCCAGGCGCUGCCUCCGGCUCACGUUGGGGGCUUGGGAACUUCUCUGUGCUUGGGAGCUGCCAGGGACCAGCAGAGAACAAUGGGGCCGUGUUCUCCCCUCAACUCCUCAGGCUGGCCCCCACCUGUUUUCCCCCUCGCCCUGCGCUGGUCCCAGCUCUGCAGGGAGCGGCGCGGUGCCCUUCUGGGAAGGGAGUAGUGUCUAGCAGGUACAGCAGGGGACUGGGCAUCAGGAUGCUUUAGUCCUGUGACCCGGGGCGGGUCACCUCCACGCUCUGCGUCCAUUUCCCCGUCUGCACGGGGGAGGGUCUGGAAAUGGCUUGGAUGUGCAGGCGGAAGAGGCCAGAGGGGCGCUGUGGGGUGGUACUGAUCAGCGGGUGCCAUGGGCGGUGGGAACGCAGGCUCUCCGGGAUGAGGGGACAGAGCUCCCAUCCUGGGAUGGGGCAAAGGGGGCCUCAUCCCAGGAGCAGAAGAGCAACAUUCUCCUUGGUGCUGAUCUCCCCUGGGCGUGGUGCCCUGGCACCUGUGCUGGCCUUAUGCCCUGUCUCUAGGUCUGGGGAAGGCGGGGGAAAUCUGCUGAGCAUGGAACCGGAAAACUGCCCCCUCUCUGCUCCCCAGCCCACGGAGCCCAAACGCCUGCUGCCCCAGCCUCUUGUCCCCUCCCCCUUGCUGUGAUGCUGUGCGUGAUGCCAUCAGUGCAGGAGGGAGGGAUCCGGGGUGUCUGCCAUCACCAGCCAACACAGUAUUAGAGCCUCAGAGAGCCAGCCAGCGUGCUGGUGCUAAUGGCCAAAUGCGAUCCAGCAGGAUCCCCUGUUAUCCGCAGGAGCACAGCCGGUGUCCCCGCUAUGUGGUGUGUCGGGGAGAGCUCUCCCUGCCCAGGAAAUAGUACUGCCCCCCAAAAAUGGGGCUAAGAGGGGAUCUUGCUCUUCUACCUCUUGUCCCAUCCAGUUGGUGCCCAGUUCGGUGCCAUGGUGCAUCAAAGCACCUCUUACAGCCAGGCUUCACCCAGCAGGGGGCGUCCUCUUCACUUUCUUGUCACAGCCUCUGGAUCCAGAGGGCGGGUGAGAGGAGGCUGGUUCCUAUGAUCUGUCUGGGUGCCUCCCUCUGGCCAGUUCCCGUCUGCGCCCUGCUGACGGUUCAAGCCAAGGCCAGAAGCGAGAGCCCAGCUGGCUCUCCUGCCGCAGGGGCUGCUGGGAGCAAAGCCUACGUCUUGGGGAAAGUAGAAGCAGAGAUGAGGAGAAAGAUGGUGCCAGGGGAGGGUUGGCUCCUCCCACCCGGACUUCACCUGAGUCAGGUGACUACACCCAAUGCUAAACUCUUUGGACACUACAGCAAGGACCUGGCCGAUUCUCAUGGAGCUGCAGAACAGUCCCUGCUCUUGUCCUCUGGCUCUUUGUCCUUUGACACAGGAUUUUGUGUCACCAGGUUGGGACUGUUUUUUUGCCGAGGGAAGGCAGCCGUUUCUGCGGAGAGCUCUGCCAAAGAUCAGGCCUUGCAAUAAAGACUCUAAUUUUGAAACAA